AUGAAGUCCCAAGAGGUAUCCAACAAAGGCCAGCCUCAAUUCCAGCCAGUCAAAGUGGAACAGCCAGAGACAGCCCCCAAAACAAAUCCAGCAACCUCCAAGAAAGAACCAGCCAAACCAGAUCCAAAAAACCCCACCACUCCCCGCAACGAAAGAGUAUCAGAAAAAUGUCCUCGCUGCGGAGGCACCGGAUUUCUCGGUCAAUGUCACUCUUGCAGUCUCGGGACAGGAGUUGGAUUUUGA